UGGGUUGGGGAACCCCAUAACAGUCCAGCGCCUCAAACGGAUCCAAAGGAAAAACAACCCUGAUAUUGUUUUCCUCAUGGAGACCAAAAACCCCCACAGAGAUGGUGUGCAAGGAACUGGAGUGGCUUCAAGCUAACAACUAUUUUGCAGUUCCACCGCAUUCACCAGGAGGAGGAGGUCUGUUUCUAUCCUGGAAAAAAGACAUUGAUCUUCAGGUCUUAUCAUCAUCACACAGUUAUAUAGAUGCUACAAUCAUCUACAAAGGCAAAUCCUUCCACACUACUUUCGUUUAUGGGGAGCCAGACCAAUCUAAAAGAUAUCAAGUGUGGUGCUCUCUCUCAUCACUACAGCCGGUUUCUGUAAUUCCUUGGCUUUUAACAGGAGAUUUUAACGAGAUAGUAGAUAACAGUGAGAAAUGUGGAGGACCAGAACGAGCAGAAGGAACAUUUUGUGCUUUUAGAUCAUUUCUUUCUAAGAAUGGUCUAUUUGAUCUAAAGUUCUCGGGAAGAUACCUAUCAUGGAGGGGGAAGAGACACUCGCAUCUGGUGCUGUGCAGGCUUGACCGAUCUGUUAGCAAUAGUGAGUGGACUGAGCUAUUCCCAUCGAGCAGAAACCAGUAUCUGAAGUUUGAAGGUUCUGAUCAUAGGCCCCUGCUGACGUUUCUCGAUACAUCAAGGAAAAAGAGUGCAAAAAUUUUCAGAUACGACAGGAGGCUAAAUGAUAAUUUGGAAAUUAAAGAUCUUAUCAAGGAAAUUUGGGAGAAGAGUCCACACCUCUCUGUUGAGGACAGGCUUACGCUCUGUCGGCGAGCCAUUUGCACAUGGAGUAAACAGUUUCACGAAAAUAGCCAAAAAGCCCUCGAGGAGACAAGAGAACAGCUGGGGUCUGCAAUGUCAAGUCCCAGUCCUGAUGAAGAAUUAAUCCAUGGAUUAAACCUGAGACUACUGCACUUGUACAAAGCCGAAGAAAGCUUCUGGAAACAGAGAAGCAGACAGUUAUGGUUAGUUCUUGGGGACUCAAACUCGGGUUAUUUUCAUGCGGUGGCUAAAGGGAGAUCAGCUAAGAAUAGGUUCUCAGUGAUAACUAACAAAAAUGGUGUACCUGUCUUUGAAAAAGAAGAAAUAUCCAAAGUUAUCUCUGCUUAUUACUCUGACUUGUUUCAAUCAAGUGCUUUCGACGGUCAACAUACAAUAGCUGAAGCACUUCAACCCUGCAUCUCUGAAACACAAAAUAUCAUGCUCACAAGAAUGCCGCAGUCAAAGGAAAUUAAGGAAGCUACCUUUGCUAUCCAUGCUGACAAGGCUCCAGGCCCUGAUGGGUUUUCAGCUGGUUUUUUCCAAUCUAAUUGGGAGAUCAUUGGCUCAGCAGUCAUAAAAGAGAUCCAGGGAUUCUUCUCAACCGGCAUCCUCGCACCAUCGAUCAACAAAACACAUGUGAGAUUAAUACCUAAGAUCACAGGGGCACAGAAAGUGGAGGACUACAGACCUAUUGCACUUUGUAAUAUCUACUACAAGAUUACUCCAAACUACUGUCCCUAAGGUUAAAAUCGGUGCUAAGCUCUAUAGUGUCGGAAAAUCAAUCAGCUUUUAUUCCUGGAAGGGCUAUAGCAGACAAUGUAUUGAUUACUCAUGAGGUUCUACAGAUUCUAAAGACAUCAAAGGCAGAGAAAAACUGUACAAUGGCAGUCAAGACUGAUAUGUCCAAAGCCUAUGAUCGAAUAGAAUGGAGUUUUGUACAACAAGUUCUACAGAGACUCGGCUUCAAUGCAAAGUGGAUCAACUGGUUAAUGCAGUGUAUUACUACGGUCUCCUACUCCUAUCUAGUGAAUGACUCUGUCUAUGGAGAGGUGAAACCUUACCGGGGCAUUAGACAGGGGGAUCCCUUGUCUCCCUACGUGUUUAUCCUCUGCAGCGAAGUCUUGUCAGGUCUUUGCAAGAGUGCAGAGAAGAAGGGAUUACUCCAAGGAGUCAGAGUAGCAAGGGGAAGUCCGAGAGUUAGUCAUCUGCUUUUUGCAGAUGACACGAUGUUCUUCGGUCUAGCUUCGGCCACCAACUGUGAGACUCUGAUGAAGAUCCUAAAAGACUAUGAACGAGCUUCAGGCCAGAUGAUUAACAAGUCGAAGUCCUCUGUUACUUUCUCAAGUAAGUCUCCCCCUGAAGUCAGAGAACAAGUGAAGUCAAUAUUGGGAAUUACAAAGGAAGGUGGCUUGGGUAAGUACCUAGGUUUGCCUGAACAUUUUGGCAGACGGAAGAAAGAUUUGUUUACUUCUAUUGUUGACCGAAUCCGUCAAAAGGCUAUCAGUUGGUCCUCAAGUAAGCUUUCUCGGGCUGGGAAGCUCACUAUGCUCAAGGCAGUCCUCAGUGCCAUUCCAACCUACACAAUGUCAUGUUUUAUGCUCCCAGUCAGUUUAUGUAAAAGAAUCCAAUCAGUGCUUACGAGGUUCUGGUGGGAUGGAGCAGACGAAAAGAAAAAGAUUUGUUGGGUAGCUUGGGAUCGUCUAACAAAACCUAAAGAGAUGGGGGGACUAGGCCUAAGGGAUAUCCAAACAUUUAAUCAAGCUCUCCUAGCAAAAUUGGCAUGGCGGCUUGUUACAGCCCCUGAGAGUCUACUAGCACGGGUGCUUUUCGGAAAAUACUGUCAUGGUAAGCACUUUCUAGAUGUGGAAUCUCCUAAGGUGUGUUCCCAUGGAUGGAGAGGAAUCCUAUUUGGAAGAGACCUUCUAACGAAGAACCUAGGGAAAGCAGUGGGUAAUGGGCAAACAAUACGACUCUGGAAAGACUCGUGGAUUUCACUUGAUAAGAUGGUGAAGCCUAUGGGACCUAUCAAGGAGUCUGAUCUAGACCUCACUGUCUCAGAUUUACUAACAGAUGAUCUAAGUUGGAACAGCAGAAGAAUAAAAGAGGUUUUACCUGAGUUUUUGGAACAGAUCAUCUGCCUGCAACCAAGCAGGAAAGGAGCUGAGGACUCUUACAUAUGGCAUGCGACAUCCUCUGGAGUUUACUCUACAAAAUCAGGGUAUUUUGCUGCUUCCACUCCCUGGUUAGAGAAAUCAGAGUCAAGUCAAGCUGAGGAGUUUCAUUGGAUCAAAGAUAUUUGGGCAGGGGAGUUCUCACCAAAGAUGAAAGCCUUUCUCUGGGCAGUAGUGCAAAAGGCAAUCCCUAUCGGAGAAAACCUAUAUCAACGAGGUGUAAGAUCGGCUGCUCAGUGCCUUAGGUGUAAUGAACAUGAAACAAGCACACACUUGUUCUUUACCUGCCCCUUUGCGAAGAGAGUUUGGCGGUGUGUACCUCUACAUUCAGCAGUUCACAUAGCUGCGGAGUCCACCUUCAAAGAAGCUAUUGUCAAGUUCCGUAAAGCUGUUUGUCUACCACCCUCCGGUUUUACACUAAAUAUUCUUCCUUGGAUCUGUUGGGUCCUUUGGACAUCAAGAAACGCUCUUGUUUUUGAGGAUAAACGAAGCAAUCCUGAAGACAUAGCUUUGAAAGGGUUAAGACUAGCAAAGGAUUGGAUGGAAGCGCAAGGAAAAACAUCAGAGUCUAAGAUACCUCCCAAACCGAAGGAAAGCAAGGAUCGACCUCCAGAUUCUUCAGAGAAUCCUCCACCGAUCGUGUGUGCUACAGACGCGGCAUGGAAUGCAAGCAGAAAGACGGCGGGGCUGGGGUGGACCUUCUCCGGACCGUCUUUAACAGCUACAACGCAAGGGUCGAGAAUCCAAGCCUCAGUCAACUCUCCGCUGAUCGCAGAAGCCCUGGCAGUACGAACGGCCCUCUAUAUGGCGCUGACUUUGGAUUUCACGAAUCUAAAAGUCUGCUCCGACAAUUCAACGCUCAUUCGAGCCAUAAACAGCAAAUCUCAGUCAAAAGAAAUCAUUGGAAUCGUGAGUGAUAUCCAAGUGAUCUCCUCUGAGUUCACAAGCAUCUCAUUCUCGUUUAUCCCUCGAUCGGAAAAUUCUGUUGCCGAUGGGGUCGCAAAAGCGGUGCUCCUUUCUUCUUUUAAUUUGUAAUGGACCUUGGGUUGGGCUACGUUUUAGGCCCAUCUCCUCUUUUAUUUAGUUUAAUGAAAGUUUAAGUGACAAAAAAAAAAAAGGACUGGCAGCUAGAUUUACUGAUAGUUUGGGCGCUGGCGAAGGUUGGAGAGACUUCAAUGGCUCAUGAAUUACUUGAGGGUCUGAAGUUCCGACUAUCAAAGAUGAACAAGAAGAAACAACAAGUGAUGCAGAAAGCGAUUCAGCUGGUAGAAGCUGUGUACGAAUACGCGAAGGGUAACUACAAACAGGCUCUAUGUUUACUUGGUUCAGAUUUUAAUGCCAUUGACUAUAAGAUGAACAGAUAGAUGUUUUCAAUGAAGUAUGGUGCCAGCUGCUGCUAAAGACAGGCCAAUCGUCCACUGGCCCGUGCCUCUUAUAAGGCAGCUAAAGCAUUAGCUUUAGGCCACAAUUUUUUUAAAAAAAAAUUAGGCCACAUCUUCUAUUUUAUGUACAGUACUUUUCAUUUUAUUUAGCUUGAUAUAAAACUACGAAUACUUGUUAACAAAUCUUCUUCUUUAUUUCUUCCUUCAUAUUUUUUUUAAAAAUUUAAUCUUCUUCUUUAUUUCUUUACUUAGUAUGGAAAAAUCUUAAAUCUUGUUAACAAGUUGAUUAAUAAUUAGUUAUAAAGUGCUUUUGAAUUGAAUUUUAGAAUAACAAUGGUUGUUGGCGGGUGGUAUUUAUAAAAUUAUUUAUGUUCGGAGAUCGAACUUCUAAAAAUGGCACUACAAGCAGAAGUUAAAAGAGUUGCUGAAAUAUUGAACUCUAUGAAAGUAAUGGGAGAUUUUAUUAUAACUCAUGGAUUGUUUAUCAAAUAUGUUGCAAUUCUUUUUCAAAAAAAAUAUAUGUUAGCAAUUCCAGUUUAGGUUGCUUCUGCAGAAUUUGUUUUUUAAAGUUGAAGUUGAUAAAAAAUAUUUACGAUUUACUAUAUGUCACAAAAGAAACUGAAUGGGAACUAGAAGAUGUGUUUUUAACAAAUAAAAAUUUAUUAGGGUUAUAUUUGAAAAAAAUGCUUCAGGCCACCAAAAUGUUUGGGACGGCACUGCUGAUGUGUGCAGCCAAAGAAGUUAUCAGAAAGAGGAUAAAGGUCAGAGAAGGUUCUCCUUUCACGUGGCGUUUGCUGGAGAAGAGCUAUGCCAUGGAAGGUGAUGCAGAGGCUCUGAAUGCAGGACAGAGAGCUAAAAUGCUGGAAUCCUCUUAUUUCUAAGGAGGGUCUUUUUCAACCAUGUUAAAAUUCAUUCUAAAGAAUUUAGAUUAUAUAUAAUAUUCAAAAUUUGAAA